AUGGUGAGCAGCGGCUGCUCGUCCCCGUGCGAGGUGUCCUGUCCCCAGCCCUACGCGGACGCCUGGAGCCAGCCCUGUGUCACCUCCUGCGGGGACUCGCGGGCCGUGGUCUACCCUCCUCCCGUGGUCAUCACCUUCCCGGGGCCCAUCCUCAGCUCCUGCCCCCAGGAGAGCGUCGUGGGCACGUCCUUCCCGUCGGGGGCCAUGGGAUCUUCGGGAUCCGGGGGCGCCAUUGGGGGAUCCUACGGAGGGGGCAGCGGCUCCAUGGGGGGAACUGGGGGAUCCUACGGAGGCGGUUCCAUGGGGGGCUCCUAUGGAGGGGGCUCCAUGGGGGGAAUUGGGGGCUCCUAUGGAGGGGGCUCCAUGGGGGGAAUUGGGGGUUCCUAUGGAGGCAGCAGCUCCAUGGGGGGAAUUGGGGGUUCCUACGGAGGUGGUUCCAUGGGUGGAUCCUACGGAGGGAUCAGAUCCUUUGGCUCCGGGGGCUCCUAUGGAGGGAGCAGAUCCUUCGGGAGCAGAAGAACCUUCGGCUCCUCGGGCGGGGGCUUCGGGGGCUCCUGCGGCGGGGGCAGCUCCUUUGGGGGCGGCUCCUAUGGAGGGGGUUCCUACGGAGGAGGCAGCUCCAGCUCCAGGAGGUUUGGAGGAGGAAACUGCGGCUUCUUUUAUUUCUGA